AUGGUAGUGCUGCCAGAAGCUGGUCCGCACUGUCAUACGCCCAGCUGGGCAACGUUUGCGCUGCCCGACGCGGAGCAGUCCUGGCUAGCGAUUGUGGUUGCAAAGUCGAAUGGUCGUAAGUCGCAUAGGUCAUGUGUUCAGUUUUCUCUGCUGCGAGCUUCCAAAACGACAAAGAAAAGAAGGAACAAUGGUCGUGCCAAAAAGGGCCGCGGCCAUGUUCAGCCUAUUCGCUGCACGAACUGUGCCCGAUGCCUGCCCAAGGACAAGGCCAUGAAGAAAUUCGUCAUUCGAAACAUAGUGGAGGCCGCAGCAGUCAGGGAUAUUUCUGAAGCGAGCGUCUUUAAUGCCUAUGUACUUCCCAAGCUCUAUGUGAAGCUACAUUACUGUGUGAGUUGUGCAAUUCACAGCAAAGUAGUCAGGAAUCGAUCUCGUGAAGCCCACAAGGACCGAACACCGCCACCCCGAUUUAGACCUGCGGGUGCUGCCCCACGACCCCCACCAAAACCCAUGUAAGGAGCUGAGUAAAAGAUUGAAGACAACUAUUCCCUGGAGAAAAAUAAAAUGGAAAUUGUACUUGA